CGGUUCCCGCCAAAACUUUGCGAACCCACAAUGCGGUGCGGCGACCUGAUCCUGAGCCGGAUCCAACAUGGCUGACACUGCGUCGUCUGUGGUCGGAGAGGGGGAGAAAAUCAGUAAAAAGUCCCUGUGAUAAAUGUAUUAUCGGACCUCAGACUAGAUUUCAAAAGGCCGGGGAACUUCGUGCAAAUUAAAGAAUGGCAUCCCCUGGGUUGUCCUUGCUGCUGAAGGUUGCCCGUCAAGUUCAAGGGGUCGUGCGACUGGGUAUGGUGGGGCGAAAUGAGCCAGCCCACAUCCACAGGUGGCCCACUUGGACUUGGCUCACACGGGCCACCUACAGCAGCGAUCAGAAGGACACGCUCAGUAAAAGUGAACUGAAGAGGAGGCUGAAAGCCCAGCAGAAACAGAAGGAGAAAGAAGAAAAGGCCAAAGCAGCUGCAGAGAAGGCAGCGGAGGUUGUGGCUAAGAAGGCAGCAGGCCCAGCCCAAGAUGCCAUUGAUGAGGAGUCCUUAGAUCCCAAUCAAUACUUCAAGAUCCGAUCUCAGGCCAUCUUGGAUCUGAAGAAGGGCGAUGAGCCUCCCUAUCCUCACAAGUUCCAUGUGGACCUGUCUCUCAAGGAGUUUAUUGACAAGUACCACCAUCUCAAUGCUGGGGACCACCUCACUGAUGUCACUCUCAGUGUAGCAGGUCGGGUCCAUGCUAAGAGAGAGUCAGGACAGAAGCUGAUAUUCUAUGACCUACGAGCCGAGGCCAUGAAGAUUCAGGUCAUGGCCAAUGCCAGGUUCUACACCAGCGAGGAGGAGUUCUUCAAAAUCAACGGCAGGAUCCGGAGAGGGGACAUCAUAGGUGUUAUAGGCAACCCUGGUAAAACCAAGAAGGGAGAACUCAGCAUCAUCCCCACCUCCAUACAGCUGCUGUCCCCCUGUCUGCACAUGCUGCCUCACCUGCACUUCGGCAUCACCAACAAGGAAACGAGAUACCGUCAGCGGUACCUGGAUCUGAUCAUCAACGAACACGUCAGGGACAAGUUCAUCAUAAGGGCCAGAAUCAUCAACUAUGUCAGACGCUUCCUGGAUGAGUUGGGAUUCCUGGAGGUUGAAACCCCCAUGAUGAACAUGAUCGCUGGCGGGGCCACAGCCAAACCCUUUGUGACCCACCACAAUGAACUGGACAUGGACCUGUACAUGAGAGUCGCUCCUGAGCUGUACCUCAAGAUGCUGAUUGUCGGUGGGAUUGACCGGGUGUACGAGAUCGGCAGACUGUUCCGUAACGAGGGCAUCGACCUGACGCACAACCCGGAGUUCACGACCUGCGAGUUCUACAUGGCGUACGCAGACUAUAACGACCUGAUGAAAAUAACAGAGUCCCUCCUGUCAGGCAUGGUGAAACACAUCACAGGAGGGUCGUACAAGAUCCAGUACCACCCCGAGGGUGCGGACAGUGAUGAGGUGUGGGAGGCUGACUUCACCCCGCCCUUCAGGAGGCUGGACAUGAUGGGGGACCUGGAGAAGGAACUCAAGGUCAAACUACCUGCUGCAGACACUCUGCACACCGAAGAGUCCAGGAAGUUCUUUGAUGACUUGUGUACAAGACUGGAGGUGGAGUGCCCUCCCCCAAGAACAACAGCUCGACUGUUAGAUAAGUUGGUUGGAGACUACCUGGAAGUGAAGGCAAUCAGCCCCAUCUUCAUCAUCAACCACCCACAGAUCAUGAGUCCACUUGCUAAAUGGCACCGUUCCAUCCCUGGCCUUACGGAGCGGUUUGAACUGUUUGUGAUGAAGAAGGAAAUCUGUAACGCCUACACAGAGUUGAACGACCCCAUGGUACAGAGGGAGAGGUUUGAACAGCAAGCCAAGGACAAAGCUGCCGGUGAUGAUGAGGCUCAGCUGAUUGACGAGAACUUCUGCACGUCCCUGGAGUACGGUCUCCCCCCCACCGCAGGCUGGGGCAUGGGCAUCGACAGGCUCACCAUGUUCCUCACUGACUCCAACAAUAUCAAGGAGGUGCUGUUCUUCCCAGCAAUGAGGCCAGACGAUACAAAAGCAGGAGACAAGGAGGAAGAACUGGCCAACGGACCAGACAAUCCAGCUAACAAAUAGUUGUCAAACCCAACAACAAUGCAGGCAUAUGGGAACAACUAUUGGAUUCAAAACCCACCAGAUAUACUUCAUGUCCUUAGAACUGUUCAUGAAAUACACAUUGGUUAUGUCACUGUAAAAGGGUACAUAUGUAUGCUCUGUAUAAUGCCAAUCACUGCAGCCUCUGUGCAGAGUACCGGUAUGCUAGUAAAAAUUUUGUACAAAAUUCAGGAUGCUAGCAAAAGUACUAUCAUUGAUCAGAUUCAGAUUACAAUUGGUAAAGCAUUGAAGGACUCUCCUACAGUGCUGAGUAAGUGUGUUGGAUGGACAUAUGGCACAUUAUGAAGAAAUAAGGACUGCAUUGUUCCAAUAUGGCAAUUUUUUUACUUUAGGGUAUCUUAACAUAUCCAUACAUUGUUCUUAAAAGGACUCAGUCAGUCAGCCAUAGUCAUAGAAGAGUAAAAUUGUAUAAAACAUAAGUUUUGACCAUACCUACAUUGUGAGUCUUCCCAAUGUCCCCAGAAUAUGACCAUUUUAAACAAAAUAUAUAGUAUUACUCAUUUGAAAUACUUGCACACGACUUGUCUACAAAUAAAGGGAAUACACAAAUA